AUGAACUCUAUUCCUCCUCGAAAUGACGCCCCUCCGUCAAUCCCUUCAUCACCCCAUCGUCCCCAUCACUCCAUCAACCUCAACAACGUCCAGACGACAUUCGGUAAAGAGCAAUUGAUGCGGACCUACCUGAUCUCCGCCGCUCUGUCAUUUGCCCUCGGCUACUAUGCCUGCAACUUUGCCAUAAUCUCGACCAUCUACGACUUUGUCGCCUCUGUUCCAGAGACUACUCACAAGAGAUACCUGUUGUACGCACUCUUGAUCCUCCUGGCCCUCUUUGUCCUGAUCCUUAUUCCUCUCGAACGUAUUGCCAACUUUGAAGCACGAAGGAAACAAGACUAUCCGUUCAGGACAUCUGCUCGAGAGCAUCUGCAAAGACGUGGCAGCUUCUAA